CUUAUUCGGAGCCGCUGAUUUUCCAGUCGCUUUUCUCUGAGGUGAUAUUCGAUCUCUGGCUUGCCUCCAGUCUUCAAGCUCACGUAACCUAGACCAUCAAUAUCAACCAGGGUUAAAUUAAGCCGUGAAGAAGGAGAUAUGUGGGGAAUUAUAAGGCAAAGGGUCGCCUGCAGAAGCAUUCCUGCUUCGAUUUUGGAGCAGUCCUUACAGAGGAUUCCGAUUCGGCCCGUAGGUUAUGCCUUGAGGAAUUACUCAUCUACAGCAAAAGAGAUGACAGUGCGUGAUGCUUUGAACUCAGCACUUGAUGAAGAAAUGUCUGCAGAUCCUAAAGUCUUUUUAAUGGGUGAAGAGGUUGGCGAAUAUCAGGGUGCAUACAAGAUUUCCAAAGGGCUUUUGGAGAAAUAUGGUCCCGAUAGGGUUAUUGAUACUCCCAUUACAGAGGCGGGCUUCACUGGGAUUGGAGUGGGUGCUGCUUACUAUGGUUUGAAGCCUGUUGUAGAAUUUAUGACAUUUAACUUUUCAAUGCAGGCAAUUGACCAUAUCAUUAAUUCUGCUGCAAAAUCAAAUUACAUGUCUGCUGGUCAAAUAUCCGUGCCUAUUGUUUUCAGAGGACCAAAUGGUGCUGCUGCCGGAGUUGGUGCUCAGCAUUCCCAGUGCUAUGCAGCAUGGUUUGGUUCAUGUCCAGGGUUAAAGGUGCUUACUCCAUACUCAUCAGAGGAUGCUCGGGGUCUUCUAAAAGCUGCUAUAAGGGACCCAGACCCUGUUGUUUUCCUAGAAAAUGAGUUGCUAUAUGGUGAGUCCUUCCCUGUUUCAGCUGAAGCUCUUGAUUCUAGUUUCAGUCUUCCAAUAGGGAAAGCCAAGAUAGAACGGGAAGGAAAGGAUGUGACCAUUACGGCUUUCUCAAAGAUGGUUGGCUAUGCUCUCCAGGCAGCCGAGAUUCUUGCAAAUGAAGGAAUUAGUGCAGAGGUUAUAAAUCUGCGCUCAAUUCGUCCCCUUGAUAGAUUGACAAUCAAUGCUUCUGUCAGAAAAACUAACAGGCUUGUAACUGUUGAAGAAGGGUUCCCACAACAUGGUGUUGGCGCUGAGAUCUGUGCGUCUAUUCUUGAGGAAAGCUUUGAGUAUCUUGAUGCCCCUGUUGAGAGGAUCGCAGGGGCUGAUGUCCCAAUGCCUUACGCUGCAAAUCUUGAGAGGAUGGCUGUCCCACAGGUUGAGGACAUAGUUCGUGCAGCAAAGAGGACUUGCUACAGAUCAGGUUCAAUGGCUGCAACUGCUUAGAAUUAGUGGGAACAUCAGGCAAAAUUUUGGUUCUUGUGGUAUUUCCUUGUGUAUGAAAGUAAUUCUUCACCCACCUGUGUUGGUGUUUUUUUCCCUUUUCUUAACAGCUUGGAUUAACAGAUCCACUCUUCCCGUGUAAUAUCAAAAUACAUAUGGAAAAAUACUAAAUUUCUAACAUUUCCUUGUUUUUUGUUAAGUCAUAUCUUGGAGAGUGAUAGCUUGGAAAAUGACAUUGAACUAAGUAUUUUGGGAGGCUGAAAGAAACAAGGCAUCGUUCAUUUGUUUGUUUUCUAAUUCAGUGUUGUCAUUCUCAACAUCUUUAUGCUGGCAAGUCCUCUUUGCUGAAUGACAACACUGCAUUGGCGGUGGUGGUAGCGGAUCUGAAGCUGGUGUCCGGCAUGGUCUUCGGCCUUAACUGUUUCAUUGAG